GCCUAAGAUAGUUCAUGAAAUUGAAGGUGUAUUGUCAAGAUUCAGUAAAAUAGAAACCAUCGGUAUUUUAGUAGCUCCAUCAAAGAAUAAUUUUACUCAGAAUUCAAUAGAUAGAGUGGAAUCAUCUGAAUUCAAUCUUAUCUUUAUAGAUGAAAAAUAUUUGAGUUUGGAUUUGAUUAAAUUUAUUAAGAGUAAAGAAUUGAAUCAACUCAAU